CCGCCCCUGCGGCUCAGCCCUCCCUCUCCUCGUGCCUCUCAGAACCUUCCAGGCCGUCUCUGUCCGUGUCGCACUGUCAAGAUGUUCGGCCAGCAGGUGUUAGUGCUCAAUCAGAACGUGAAGAGAGAGUCAGGACGUAAAGUUCAGACUGGGAACAUAAAUGCUGCAAAGACCAUUGCAGAUGUGAUCCGGACCUGUCUUGGCCCGAGGGCCAUGAUGAAGAUGCUGCUGGAUCCUAUGGGAGGCAUUGUGAUGACCAACGAUGGAAACGCCAUUCUCAGAGAGAUCCAGGUUCAGCAUCCUGCAGCCAAGUCCAUGAUCGAGAUCAGCCGCACCCAGGAUGAGGAGGUGGGAGACGGGACUACCUCAGUCAUCAUACUGGCGGGGGAGAUGCUGUCUGUGGCGGAGCAGUUCCUGGAGCAGCAGAUGCAUCCGACGGUGGUCAUCGGAGCGUACAGACAAGCUCUGGAGGACAUGCUGGAGACUCUGAAGGAGAUCAGCUUCCCCGUGGACACGUCUGACCGCUCCAUGAUGCUGAAGAUCGUUCACUCAGCCAUUAACACCAAAGCUCUGAGCCGCUGGUCAGAGCUGGCUUGUGGCAUCGCUCUGGAUGCCGUCCGCACCGUGGAGCUCGAAGAAAACGGACGCAAAGAGAUCGACAUCAAGAAGUAUGCCAAGGUUGAGAAGGUUCCAGGUGGGAUCAUCGAGGACUCCUACGUGCUGAAAGGUGUGAUGGUGAACAAAGACGUGACUCACCCGAGGAUGAGACGACUCAUCAAAGAUCCUCGUAUCGUCCUGCUCGACUGUUCUCUGGAGUACAAGAAGGGAGAGAGCCAGACGGACAUUGAGAUCAGUAAGGAGGAGGACUUUGCCAGGAUUCUGCAGAUGGAGGAAGAAUACAUCCAGCAGAUCUGUGAGGACAUCAUCCGCCUCAAACCAGACCUGGUCUUCACUGAGAAGGGCGUGUCAGAUCUGGCUCAGCACUACCUGAUGAAGGCAAACAUCACCGCUAUCCGCCGCGUUAGGAAGACCGACAACAACCGCAUUGCCAGGGCGUGUGGGGCUCGUAUAGUCAGUAGGACAGACGAGCUGCGCGAGGAAGACAUAGGUUUGGGGGCGGGGCUUUUUGAAGUUAAGAAGCUUGGUGAUGAGUACUUCACCUUCAUCACUGAGUGCAAAGACCCAAAAGCCUGCACCAUCCUGCUACGAGGGGCGAGCAAGGAGAUCCUGGCUGAGGUGGAGAGGAAUCUGCAGGACGCCAUGCAGGUGUGUCGUAACGUGCUCCUGGACCCCAUGCUGUUGCUAGGCGGUGGCGCCGUGGAGAUGGCUGUGUCGAAGCGUCUUAUGGAGCGUUCCAGAGCCCUGACAGGAGUCGAACAGUGGCCGUACCGCGCUGUAGCCACAGCCCUGGAGGUGAUCCCCAGAACGCUGAUCCAGAACUGUGGAGCCUCCACCAUCAGAGUUCUCACAUCACUGAGGGCCAAACACACUGAGGAGCAGGGCGCGUGUUGGGGGGUGGACGGAGAGACAGGAUGUCUGUCGGACAUGUCAGCUCUGGGGAUCUGGGAGCCGCUCGCCGUCAAAGCUCAGACCUACAAGACGGCCAUGGAGACGGCCAUCUUGUUGCUGAGGAUUGAUGACAUCGUCUCAGGUCACAAGAAGAAGGACAAAGACGAGUCAAUGGGGGGACAGGGAGCUGAAUAAAUCCACAUCAAGCAACAUCAGAGUCACUUUGUGCGUUUGUGUGUGUGUGUCCAUCUCUGUGUGCGUGUGGGGACCAGGCGACUCCGUAGAAGUUAAUAAACUGUCAAACAGAA